CUCUCAUGUCGCGCUCAACUCGACGUCCGGUAUGUCAGAUCUGCUCUUCCAAUGAGUCCAAGUACACAUGCUCCGGGUGCCGUGUUGUGUACUGCUCGGUCCCUUGUUAUAAGGAACAUAAAGCUUCGUCAUGUGGUACUUCUGUCGCGUCUACCGCUACCGAAAAUGUUACCCCUCUUGAAUCAUUGACGCCACCGGCCGCAAAAGACAUAUCUGCAGAUAUUGAAGAUCCAAAACCGUUGCGCUCCCUGUCUUCGCUUAAUUGGCCUUACGUCCCAAAACAAAGUGCAUAUCCCGACCCGUUGCAAAGAGAUGACCCUAAACCUCUUCAAUUGCAUCAAUACGAAGCUAUAGCAACGUCUCCGGAGAUUCGCAAAGUGCUAUCAGCUCACUCAAACCUCCCUGCCCUCCUGACAUCGAUCGACAAUCUCCGCGGCCAGAACCGGGACAUUGCCCUCCAGCGUGCUCUCGGUGUCACGGAUCCUCAGUUUGUUGACAGAACACGCCCAGUGCAAUUAGAAGAAGAUGUUCUCGCUUUAAGAGCUCUCGCGGAAGCCGUAGAGGACGCGGUUAGAGGGGAACAGAAAGAUGCACUAGGCCUCAACUGGGGGGACGACUGAUCCUUUAAGACGACAUAUCCACCAUAGUCGUUCUUGUAUGGAAGAACUCGGCUAUCUCUACAGCCCUGUCGUACAAUCUUCUCAGUGGCCAUAGUAAGGGACCUGGCUUAUGGACCGCUAAACCCGUUAAAAUACAUGGUCCGAAAGGACAUAUAUAGAUUCUUGUAUAUAAUGAAUAACACAAUUAUUCAUGCUUGAUCUAAUCCCACU